AUGAAGUGGCUCCGCUCGGCCGAGAUGGAGUACAUCUCGCUCAUUGUGAACGAGGACGCGGCCCACGACUGCGUCCAGAAGCUGGGCGACCUGGGCGUCUUGGAGUUCACGGACCUGAACCCGGAGCUCACGCCGUUCCAACGCCGCUACGUAAACUACGUCAAGCGCUGCGACGAAAUGGAGCGUAAGUUGCGCUACUUUGAGGUGGAGUUGGCCAAAUUCAGCAUCUCGCCGAAGCCUGCGGGCAGUAUCGACCAGUUCCUGGCGGGCUCAGCUGAUAUCCGCUACGGCUCGCAAGACACGGCAGCUAGAGCGUUGGAUACACUCGAACGACUUCUGGAAGACAAGGAACAGGAGCUGCUGCAACUUAACUCGAUGCACGAGAAGCUUACGAGAGAGUACAACGAACGCAAGGAGCUUCAGGAAAUUAUCUCGCGAGCUGGCGAGUUCUUCGAGAUCGAAAUUCCGGAAGUCCAAGCGCGUCGCACGUCUCGUACGACCUCAAGAUCCGGCUACAGCUUCGUGGAGACGUCUUCUGGCGUCCCAGGAGGCGAGGAGUCGUCGUCGCUGCGUUUCCACAAUGUCACGGGCGUGGUUCCUGCCGAUGAACGUCUUAAGUUCGAAAGGAUGAUCUUCCGUACUACACGUGGCAACUGCUUCACGCGCUUUUUGCCCAUUGAAGAGCCCUUAGUGGACCCCACGAACGGCCAACCAGUGACCAAGCACGCGUUCGUCAUCUUCUUCCAGUCGAAUUUUAUCGAGACCAAGCUCCGUAAAAUCUGCGACGCCUUCCACGCCCGACUGUACUCGUUGCCGCCCAUGGACGACCGUGCGGCCAUCGCGCACUUGAUCCAAAGUAACGCCGGAGAACUCAACCAAAGCAGCCACAUCUUACGUCGCAAUAGAGAGAGCUGCGUGCUGCUCUGUCGUGAUCUAGCCGAGACGUUGGAGUCCUGGAAGUGGUCGGUGCUACAGGAGAAGGCCACGUACCAUGCGCUCAACAUGUUCCGUGCUGACGUCAGCGAAGCGCUGCCCAGUGUGCGUCGUGCCGUCACUCGCGCUCACGCCGCAGCCGACGACAAGUCCAUGCCGUCACUUGUGGAUACAGUAGCUAAGCCCUGGCCCGUCCCGCCGACUUUCUUUGAGACCAACAAGUUCACAGACGCCUUCCAAUCCUUCGUGGAGACCUACGGCUGUCCUCGCUACCGUGAAGUGAACCCGUCCGUGUUCACUGCCGUGACGUUCCCGUUUCUGUUUGGCGUCAUGUAUGGAGAUAUCGGCCACGGUUUCUGUGUGCUGCUCUUUGGUCUGUAUUUGAUCCUGACGGAGCGGAAACUGGAGCAACCAGGUAGUAUGGGGGAGAUGGCGGUGUCUAUCUACGGAGGACGCUACAUGCUGUUCAUGAUGGGCGCCUUUGCCAUGUACGCAGGGCUCAUCUACAACGAUUUCUUCUCGCUGCCGUUGAAUUUAUUCGGCUCCAAGUUCGCGUAUCCGGAUUGUCUGGAAUCGCACGACCGAGAGGCCAAAUGCGUGGCGCAGUAUCUGAUUGACGGCAAGAUGACGUACGUGAACGCCACGGACGUGUCGGCGGGCGACAACGUGUACGCUAUGGGGCUGGAUCCCGUCUGGAAGACGUCGUCGAACGAAUUACUGUUCUUUAACUCGUUCAAGAUGAAGAUCUCGGUCAUUUUCGGCAUCAUCCAGAUGACGUUUGGCAUUCUGCUCAAGGGCUGGAACAAUUUGUACUUCCGAGACUACUCGACCUUCUUCUUCGAGUUUGUGCCGCAGAUUGUGUUCGCCGUCUCGCUCUUUUGCUACAUGAUCGUGUUGAUCGUCAUGAAGUGGAGUAUCAACUGGACGGAGCGGAUGAAGCACGAAGUGUGUCCGUACAACUACGCGGGCGAACACACGGGCUGUCGUCCGCCGUCGCUGGUGAACACGCUGAUCAACAUCGCCUUGGCCCCUGGUAGCGUCGUGGACCCCUUGUAUGAAGGUCAACUGGAGACCCAGCAGACGCUGUUGAUGAUGGCCUUCCUGUCGGUGCCUGCUAUGUUGCUAGUCAAGCCAAUCUACUUGAAGAUCCAGAACGACCGCACGGCGCCGCCUGUGAACCACCACGUGGACUUUGACGACGAAGCAGAGGAGCGUCUGGUGUCUCAUCACCAUGGCAACGCCGGUGGAGGCCAUGGAGGUCAUGGCGGGGAGUUUGAGUUCGGGGAAGUGGUGAUCCAUCAGGGCAUUGAGACGAUCGAGUUUGUGCUGGGAAUGGUGUCGAACACGGCGUCGUAUCUGCGUCUGUGGGCCUUGAGUUUGGCCCACUCGGAGCUGGCCACUGUCUUCUGGGAGAAGACGAUGCUGUCGACGAUCAAUAGUGACUCGUUCAUCGCCAUCUUCAUCGGCUUUGGUGUGUUCGCAGCCACGACGUUCGGUGUCAUUCUGGCGAUGGAUGUGCUCGAGUGUUUCCUUCACGCUCUGCGUCUGCACUGGGUGGAGUUCCAGAACAAGUUUUACAAGGCCGACGGACACAAGUUUCACCCGUUCUCGUUCAAACAGACGAUUAAGGACUCGCAACAGGUCUAG